CAAGCUUAAUUGCCUCAAACAUUCUCUCUAUGGCCAUGGAAUACAACCGUUCACCUCCAAAGUUCAAGCAUUUGGAGAGAGAUUGUCACUCACGACGGGAUGAUGGUGUACCGAAGCAGCUACGUUAGCGUAGUGCUGGUGUUUCUCCACAUUACAAGUCGCCGUUUUGGAAUAAGUUCGGCUUCUGGGUCGGACUUGAACGUUACAAACCAGGUCAGUGACAAACAAACCAAUUCUACACUGCGCUUCCGAAAGAAUUUGUCCGCAAACUGUACUUUUGUGGCCGAUAACAGCUCUGGUUUAAGAGAAAAUCUCACUGACAGCGUCGACGAAUGUCCGUGGGAGCAGAACCCAUAUUCCAUCUCCCUUCAAGAGUUCGUCUCCACCGAUCGUCUGGUCAUGAUUGGCGCUACUUUCGUCCUCGCCGUCUGGUCUGUCGUGGCGAACAUCCUCCCGCUAGCCGCCAUCAUCAAGCACGAACAGCUCCACAAGCCAGUCUACAUCCUCAUGGCUAACCUAGCAGCAGGAGACGUGUUAGCCGGUAUAGUCUUCAUGACUGGAACCAUCUCGCUGAUGUACGUCGCUCUAACCGGGAUAGCCCCCUCUAAUUUCCUGCUCAACCUUCGCCUCUCGUCGAUCCUACUCUCCGGACUGUCCUCGGCCUACAGCCUGGUGGCACUGACGGCUGAGCGCUACUGGUUCAUCGUCCACGGGAUGAGUUAUGUCAACAACGUCACCAACGACAAGUGCAAGGUCGUCAUUGUUGCCGUGUGGACUUGGUCACUGCUGAUAGCCAUACUGCCCCACUUUGACUCCAAGUGUACGGGACGUUUUGACGAAGAGUGUGUCCCGCUAGGCGCGGGGUUGUCCCGAAACUACGUGAUUGUUGUCCUCGUGUUCGUUUUCAUCCCGAUGGCGGCAAUCUUUCUCUUCAACCUGCUCAUCUUCUGGUGUCUGUGGAAGCACGUGAACGCCAUCGCUGCACAAGAAGCCGCGGUGGGAGCCCAGCCGAGCGUCAACAGGAAAUCUGCCAUCACAAUCGUCAUCAUCACCGUCAUGUUUCUUGUAGGAUGGAUGCCGUUUUUCAUCAAAGUGGCCCAGAUGUCUACUGACAUGGCGUCCGUGUACAGUAUGAUCUUCUUCAUCACCUUAAACUCUGCAGUCAACCCAGUUAUCUAUGGGUUCCGUCUGAAGGAGGUCCGUCGCGGAGUAGCACGACUGUUUGUGAACAAUCAAGUAGCGAUGAUGUCAAACUAG